AUGGCUCGCACCAAGCAGACAGCCCGUAAGUCCACCGGAGGAAAAGCUCCUCGGAAGCAGCUGGCGACCAAAGCUGCGAGGAAAAGCGCUCCAGCUACCGGCGGCGUGAAGAAGCCACAUCGCUACCGCCCGGGCACCGUAGCUCUUAGGGAAAUCCGCCGUUACCAGAAGUCUACGGAGUUGCUGAUCAGAAAGCUGCCUUUCCAGCGGCUGGUCCGUGAGAUUGCUCAAGAUUUCAAAACCGAUCUACGCUUCCAGAGUUCUGCUGUUAUGGCUCUCCAGGAAGCCAGCGAGGCUUACCUCGUGGGGCUUUUCGAAGACACCAAUUUGUGCGCUAUUCACGCUAAGCGGGUUACUAUCAUGCCAAAAGACAUUCAGCUGGCUCGUAGGAUCAGAGGAGAACGUGCUUAA